CUGUUUAUAUCCUAUCUCUGCAUCCUUAUAUCUAUGAGAUGAUUAAAUUUGCUAUACACAUGAAAAUCCAUGAUAAAAAACUCCAUAUUUACAUAAAGUUUUGUCAAUAAAUGUAUCAUUUUGAACAUGGUUUACAUAACAAAUGAUGGUGAUGUGAUGAAAUCAACUCCAUGGGGAUUAAAAAGAGUUUUCGCAUUUUUUACAGGAAUAAUUUAUAUGGUUAUUAUGUUUUUUCAGACACUGGUCAAUAUUGGCACAAACAGAUCAAGAAAUCAAUAUAGUAGAGAUUAUUAUCCAGGUUCCGGGUCACGUCCAUCAACACGUAGGCUUGGUAGACCAAAUACAGGAAACAAUGUUGACAUUCCAUUUUUUGGAGGUUGUAGCAGUUGCACAAAAUAAAAAGAAUGUUUUAUACAAUUA